AUGGGAGACCUGAAGUCAGGUUUUGAAGAGGUGGAUGGCGUGAGGCUCGGCUACCUCAUCAUUAAAGGAAAGCAAAUGUUUGCCCUCUCCCAAGUCUUCACGGAUCUGCUGAAAAACAUCCCGAGGACGACCGUGCACAAGCGCAUGGAUCAUCUGAAAGUGAAAAAGCACCACUGCGAUCUGGAGGAGUUGCGGAAACUCAAGGCAAUCAACAGCAUCGCCUUCCACGCAGCCAAAUGCACUCUCAUCUCCCGGGAAGACGUGGAAGCGCUCUACACCUCCUGCAAAACCGAGCGCGUCCUCAAGACCAAGCGCAGGAGGGUCGGCCGGGCCCUGGCCACAAAGGCGCCGCCGCCAGAGCGCGCCGCCGCCGCCGCCGCCGCCGCCAGCCCCCGCCCGGGUUUUUGGAAGGACAAGCACCAACUUUGGCGGGGCCUGAGUGGAGCCGCGCGGCCCCUGCCAAUCAGCGCGCAGUCCCCGCGCCCAGGCGCCGCCGUCGUGCGCCCAGCCGCCCAUCUACCUCAGAUUUUUAGCAAAUAUCCGGGCUCGCACUACCCGGAAAUCGUGCGCUCGCCUUGCAAACCCCCUCUAAACUAUGAAACUGCCCCGCUCCAGGGAAACUACGUCGCUUUCCACUCGGACCCUACUUAUUUUCGGAGCCUGCUGUGCAGCAAGCACCCGGCUGCCGCCGCCGCGGCCGCCGCCGCCGCAGCCGCCGCCGCCGCAGCCGCCGCCGCCGCCGCCUACUACCAGGCGUCGGCGGCCGGGCCCCAACCCAAGGCGGCGGCGAGCGCCGGAGCGGCGGCCGCGGCGGCCGCCGGGGCCAGUUGCCUGGAGAGGUUUCAUCUGGUUAACAGCUUCUGCCCGCCUCCCCACCACCACCAUCACCACCACCACCAUCACCACCACCACCAUCACCACCACCACCACAGGGCCCAGCAGCCGCAGCCGAAUCACCACCCCCCUCAUCACCACCGGCCGCAGCCCCAUCUGGGCAGCUUUCCCGAGAGUUGCAGCAGCGACUCCGAGUCCAGCUCCUACUCGGACCAUGCAGCCAACGACUCAGAUUUUGGCUCCAGUUUGUCUAGCUCCAGCAACUCUGUGUCCUCGGAGGAAGAGGAGGAGGAGGGAGAGGAGGAGGAGGAGGAAGAGGAGGACGAGGAGGAGGGGGGCAGUGGGGCCUCGGAUUCCAGUGAAGUCAGCUCGGAGGAGGAGGACUCGUCCACGGAGUCGGACUCCAGCUCCGGCUCCAGCCAAGUGUCAGUGCAGAGCAUCCGUUUCAGGCGCACCAGCUUCUGCAAGCCUCCCAGCGUGCAGGCGCAGGCCAACUUCUUGUACCAUCUGGCCUCCGCCGCUGCUGCAACCAAACCCGCUGCUUUCGAGGAUGCCGGCAGACUUCCCGACCUCAAGAGUAGUGUCAAAGCGGAGUCGCCCGAGGAGUGGAAUCUGCAGAGCUGGGCCCCCAAAGCGUCUCCGGUGUACUGCCCGGCCAGCCUGGGGAGUUGUUUCACAGAGAUAAGGAAAGAUAGGGUAUCUGAGAUUACAUUCCCACACUCUGAAAUUCCCAGUACUGUAAAGAGAACUGAGCUGACAAUUAACUGCCUGGCGGAGGGGGCCUCUUCACCUAGCCCAAAGACAAACAAUGCAUUUCCACAACAAAGAAUACUCCGAGAGGCUAGGAAAUGCCUACAAGCAACUCCUACUACAUACUGUGCAGAUAACAACACAAUAGCUGCUAGGUUCUUAAGUAAUGAUUCUUCGGGAGUGGCAGCAAAUUCAGAAAAAGAUUCCAAAAUCCCUCACUGCACUGAAUUUGCUACGGAUUUGCCCUCUUCGCCAACUGAUCCCGAGGUGGAUGCAGCAGCAGCAGCAACUAAAGCCGAGAAUCCCUGCACUGACACAGGCGACAAGACAUUGCCAUUUCUGCACAAUAUUAAAAUCAAAGUAGAAGACAGUAGUGCUAAUGAAGAAUAUGAACCUGACCUUAUUACAAAUAAGCUAAAGUGCGAGUGCAAUGAUACAAAGGGUGAGUUUUACAGUGUGACUGAAAGUAAAGAGGAGGACGCCUUGUUAACCACAGCCAAGGAAGGUUUUGCCUGCCCUGAAAAAGAAGCUUCUUCCUUAAGUCCACUGGCUCAGAGUCAGGGCCUUUCAUGCACUUUAGGUUCUCCACAACCUGAGGAUGGGGAAUAUAAAUUUGGUGCCAGGGUGAGAAAAAAUUACCGGACACUAGUACUGGGAAAACGACCUGUACUUCAGACACCUCCAGUCAAACCAAAUCUGAAAUCAGCUAGAAGUCCUCGUCCUACAGGUAAAACUGAGACACAUGAAGGAACACUGGAUGAUUUUACAGUUAUAAACAGACGCAAAAAGGUAGCCAGCAAUGUAGCAUCAGCAGUGAAAAGGCCAUUUAAUUUCAUGGCAAAUUUUCCUUGUCCACCAUCACUCAUUAUUGGGAAGGAUGGGGAUUUGUGGCCAGCGUAUUCCUUAAACACCACUAAGGAUUCCCAACCUCCUCACAAGGCCCAUCCUAUAUGGAAAUGGCAGCUGGGCGGUUCUGCAAUACCUCUUCCACCUAGUCACAAAUUCAGGAAAUUUAAUUCAUAA